CGUGUGCCAGGCUGCAGGACGGGGAUUGGCAGGAGCCUGGGAGCGGAAGCGCAGCGCGAGUAAACAAGCUGUCAAUCCCGAGCCAUUGCAUCGCAGGCAGCCGGAGCAGGAGCGAUGGGCGCCGCUCUCGGGGCUUGUUCUCUCGCUAGCUGGAUACCAUGUUUAUGUGGCAGUGCACCAUGCCUUCUUUGUGGAUGCUGCCCCAGCGGGAAGAAUUCAACAGUGACUCGUCUGAUUUUUGCAUUCUUUCUGCUGCUAGGAGUGGGAGUAGCUUGUAUUAUGUUAAUGCCAGGAAUGGAAGAGCAGCUCAAGAAGAUUCCAGGGUUUUGUGAUGGUGGAAUGGGCACAACCAUCCCUGGUGUCCAUGGACAGGUGAACUGUGAUGUGCUGGUUGGAUACAAGGCUGUGUACAGGGUUUGCUUUGGCAUGGCAAUGUUCUUCCUUCUGUUUUCCUUGCUGAUGAUUAAAGUGAAGAGCAGUCAAGAUCCAAGGGCUGCAGUACACAAUGGAUUUUGGUUCUUCAAAUUUGCUACAGUGGUUGCAAUCACAGUGGGUGCUUUCUUCAUUCCAGAAGGACCCUUCACAACAGUCUGGUUCUAUGUUGGAAUGGCUGGUGCAUUCUGUUUCAUUUUAAUUCAGUUGGUCCUACUCAUUGAUUUUGCCCACUCCUGGAAUGAAUCGUGGGUUGAAAAAAUGGAAGAAGGCAAUUCUAGGUGCUGGUAUGCAGCACUGCUGUCGGCAACUGGCAUGAACUACCUUUUGUCCUUGGUUGCCAUAGUUCUCUUCUAUUGCUACUACACCCAUCCUGAGGGCUGCACCGAGAACAAAGUCUUCAUCAGUUUAAAUAUGCUGUUGUGUGUGGCAUCCUCUGUUAUGUCCAUCCUCCCAAAGAUACAGGAAUCCCAGCCUCGAUCUGGUUUGCUGCAAUCCUCCAUCAUCACCUUGUACACCAUGUAUCUAACAUGGUCUGCAAUGACCAAUGAACCAGACCGAAAAUGCAAUCCAAGUUUACUGAGCAUGAUUGGGUACAAUAGCACAGGGACUCAUGUCCCUGGUCAGUUCAUCCAGUGGUGGGACGCACAAGGAAUUGUAGGACUGGUCCUAUUUUUGCUGUGUGUUCUUUAUUCAAGUAUUCGAACAUCAAACAACAGCCAGGUUAACAAACUCACUCUAACAAGUGACGAAUCAACACUUAUAGAAGAAGGAGUUGCUCGAAGUGACAGCUCACUGGAUGAUGGCAACAAUGCACAUCGCGCAGAGGAUAAUGAAAAAGAUGGUGUCACCUAUAGCUACUCCUUCUUUCAUUUUAUGCUGUUUUUGGCCUCCCUUUACAUUAUGAUGACACUAACCAACUGGUAUAGCCCUGAUUCUUCUUAUGAAAUGACCAGCAAGUGGCCUUCAGUGUGGGUGAAGAUUUCUUCCAGCUGGAUUUGCAUCUUGCUGUAUGGAUGGACACUGGUUGCACCACUUGUUUUGACAACUCGUGAUUUUGAUUGAAGAGCCAACAUUUAAAGCAUGUGGUUGCUGUUGCAAUGCCUAGCUUGUCUUGUGAUUAAAAUUCAAAUAGCAAUAUUUGAAGAUCACUAAUUGUAAACAUGGGUGUGUUAUGUGGUAAUUUUUCACUUUUAUUGCAUGGCUAAGACCUUGGCUUUGAAAUGUUUAACAGAUUACAUGGAUAAUCUGAUAAUUGAGAAUGAAUGCAAACAUCAAAUGAUUUACACCUAUAUUGAUGGUAAAUGUCAGUGAUUUCCCAUUAAAGUAUUGUGGUACAUAUUAAAUAUUUAAAGAGAAAAAGGUAGCAUUUACCUUAAGUUGUGUCUUGAAACAUGUAACUGGUUUGUAGAAAUUUUCUGCUUAGUGACAAGGAUAAAGCUAGUCAGUAGUAUGUUUUAGAUUACUAUCUACAAAAUAAAUUUGACUUGCUGUGCAGUGACAAAUGCAACUUGCACUGAAGUAUUGGAAUUGUUUUCUAGAAUUUCAGAAUGCAUAUACUCAACCUAAAUGUAAGCUUUAAAGGUGAAUCAGUACUGCUAACAUGUCAUUGGCUGGCCUUGCUCUAACAUUUAAUUUAACCAUUUAGAAAACAAGUGAUUGUGAAAAUAGUUGUGGAUUUUAUUGUAAGCAUUAAAUUUGGAAAUGAGUAAUCUUUAAUAUAAAUUUGAUAACUUUAUUGAAACUCCAACUUGGGAAUGAGGUAGCCAAUGUGAACAGGGUUUCAAAGUACUACUGACUGUGUAAAUUGGUAAAUAGACAUCCUUCAUGAUGAAAAACAGUAACUAUUUAUAGAAAGGCUAAAUUUCUAGUUGAAGCUUUAAUCCCAGGAUCAGUAUUGAUUAGAUUGAUUAUAUGCAAAAUCAAAUCUGUUGAGUAUGGAUAAUUUAAAACCAAUCUACAAGUCACUUCUAAACAGUUCAACUUUGUAUUGAUUUAAUUUUGAAUCCUGUGUUGUAAUUCAAAUGAGUUUCUUUAAUAUAAAUUACUGAAGAUAGUAAAAAAUAUCUCCACA